AGAUUUUCAGCGGCUGUUAGUUUUUAUAAAUGGAACAUAUCUGGAUUAUCUCCUUUGUCUCAUUGACUUUACUUAACCGAGAAAAUGCUCUCCCCAUUACCAGCGUUUAAAUCAUCGUCAUCUCCUCUGACUUUGGCGAUGCCGCCAUUACCAUGGUGUGGCUUUAGAAUGUUACAACAUUAAAAUGUCCUGUUUAACAACAAUGAGCUGGAUCUUUUAAUUAACACUUUUUUCGUUUCGGGGAAACAUCAUCACCAAAGCAACGAACGGAGAAAACCACAGCAAGUAAAACAAAAGCAAAAACCACAGACCCCAGCACAAGGAUGAAGGGUCCAUCCGACGAAGGUGGUCAGCUGUCAAAAACAACCACAACUACUUCAGAAAAAGCAAUGUUAGCAUUCAUCACAAGUUCGGGUUCUUUAUGUGACCAACCGUCCCUUUUUGUGGCCUGAUAAUCUCCUAUUUCUGUUGUUGUCCCUCCGCUUUGGUGGCGUCCUUUUCGUGACGCAAGGGAGAGUGCGGCAGGAUUUUGGGAGAAUCCAAAAACAAUAGCAUAACAAUAAACUACAGAAUCGUUGUUGUCCUUUUGUCAACAACCUUCACUCUCACUUUCUGCAGGACCUAACACACACACAUACACAUAAACACAAUCCGUAAGACGCAAAAAUAGCAACAUGGGUAGUUUACCUAAUUUACAUGAGCUGGAGCAUUUGGAGCGCAAACGUGAAAAGCGACGAGAGCGUGAAAUGCGUGAGAGGCUGGCACGUGAAGCCAGUCGAGAGAGGGAACGUUUGCAGCACAGAAAGCAAUCCUCAUAUAACCCAUAUCUAAUGGCGGGCCUGGGUAUGGGCGGUAGUAUGGCGCCAUAUAACACAGCAAUAGCAGCAACUGGUGGUGCCGCGGCAAGUGGUGGUGCCCUGCCCGUUGGUGGUGCAGCAUUGCUUAGCUACGGCCUGGGUGCUGGACACAAACACCAUGGACACCAACAUCAACAUUAUUAUCGUCAUUCAUUGACUAACCGACAUCGGGUGCUGCGAACACGCAGCUCGGGUGCAACACACAAUGUUUGGGAUGAUCAGGUUCUGGAGCACCUGCCAGCCUAUUCACCCAUAUCGACCAGAUCACAUCGUGUGAAUCCAGUUUCGUCAUAUCAUGUUCAGGCCGCAUUGGCAGCAUCGAGACGUCGAGAAUCAAUCAACAGCUCCAUAGGUGCCACCUCGAUAAGACGUCUAAUUUCGCUAAACAAUCGCAAUUGCCGUUACAAAGUGCCGGCCCAUGUACGUCAGAAGGUGACGAAAUGUUUCACUCUCUUGGCACUGGCCCACGGUCUAAUGUGUGCGGUGUUGGUGCCAAUCUUUGGCCUGCAAGGCUCCAACUCAGUGUGGCAUCAUCGAGAACAAUGGCUGCAAGUUGGACCCAAUAUCGGAUCACUGCUCCUCAGUAUUUGUUUGUUCAUAUCGGCGGGUAUGUCGUUGGUAACCCCAAAGCUUAUUCGCAAAUUUGGCUACACCAUUUUGAUGGGAGUCAAUUAUGUGGCUGUGUGUUUAUUUUUAAUAUGUCAUCUGUAUCCAUCGAUUUACACCCUACUGCCGGCAUACAUUAUCCUGGGUAUAACCCACAGUCCUUCGUGGAUAAGUAAAAUUGCUGUUGUCGUGCAUUUCGGCAGCAAACUGAGUUGUUCGCAGCAUGAGUGCACAUUGAUGUCGUCGCAUGCCUUGGACUCGUGGGAGGAACAUAAGCUAUCCUGUAAUCGUGAUCAAAAAGUUCGUAGGUUAGGUCGCUGGAUCCAGGCCUCUAAGGAUAUUGGUAUAAUACUGGGAGCCAUAAUUGCCUCCAUGGUCUUGUCCUGCACAUCGAGGGAUUGGAAUUGUUUGGGCCACACAAAACCGAUUACAACCACACCAGCAACAACGUCGACGACAACAACAACAACCGUUACCCCCAGCACAACGGAAACAGCACCGGUGUCUGCGGUACCGAACAACACCUCACCCCACGCCCAGGCUGUACAGUUCUAUAUACCCAGUACACCCUAUGUCUGGAGUCGGGGUUCGCCAUACAAAAGCGAAUAUUACAAUUUGGAUGAGCAUGGUAGUCGCAUAUGUGGGGCCGAUAUGUGUCCCCUUUGGCAAUAUGAUGCAGCUGCCGAAGAUGAUGAAAUCAACGAGACCAUCUUCUCGCCCUUUAUACGGGAAAAGCCUCGGGCCGGAUCAUCAACCCUGAUUGGCAUUUAUUUAAUAUUUGCCUUGAUUUCAGUGAUACUUCUGGUACUGGCCGGCAAGGUACAGGCCACCUUUCGUCAUGAACGCAUCAAGGGUAUGACGGAUACGCUGCUGUUUGCGGGACCCCUGGCGUAUUUUAUUGGCACGGAACAGGCCUAUAUACUAAGUGAUUUCUUGACGGCCUUUGUCUCUUGCUCUUUGGGUAUAAGUAUGGUAGCAGGAGCUAUUAUUGGAAUGGGAGUAAUGCAGCUAAUUGUCUCCUGCACAUUGAGCAUGCUGUUGCGGCACACAAAACGCAUUGUGGUCAUAUUGGCCGGUUUCUUUUUCCAUUCCUGCCUGCUGUUGGCUCUCUCGACCUGGAAACCCUCGAGUGACGACAGUGCACUCUUCUAUGUGCUAGCUGCCUCAUGGGGUGCUUGCAAUGGCAUGUGGGAAACUCUGUUGCUUGCCUUGGUCACCCUGAAUCACACCAAUCAUGUUGUAGAAGUCACAUCACCACUGCAAGCUCUGCGAUUCUUAGGACUGGGCAUAACAUUUGCCGCUCACGGUUACAUGUGUGAAACGCCGAAAAUUAUAUCACUCGUCAUCAUGCUAGUUGUGAGUGUGCUGCCGUAUGCAAUGCUGGAAAUUCGACUGGAGUCACAGCGCAAAGCCCAGCUGAUUUCGUUAUGACGUAGUCUAUUCACAUAGUCCCGGAGGCACAGUGUGAUGGCUCGUACACACACCAUGUGAGGUGGCGGAGAGGAGGAGAAGAAGGUGGAUUAGCAAUUUCAGUUUUUGUUGUGUUAAUGAGCAUCACACAUACACACACACACAAGAAGAGAAAAUAUAAAAAUUAAUUUGUAAUUUAGUGACUUUUUGUAUUUAGAAAUAUAAAGUGCAAUAACCAUUUAAGAAACAAAUGCGACAAAGAAUGAUAAUGGAAAUGGGCAUUUCCAAAGAUGAAAUAAUUUCAUUUGAGUUAGCAAAAAAUAAUUUGCUUAAAAUCUAACAUAAAGGGAUUAUUACUCCCGCCUCCCCCCAGACAAAACAAAACAAAAAAAUUGGCUGUAAAUUUAAAAUAAUUAAUUAAAAAUGCUACACAUUUCAGUGUAGAAUGCCAAAUAAAAGAAUCUGAAUUACUCUGAUGAAGAUCAAAAAAAGUUUAUUUUUUAAAAUUAGCUAUUAAGACGAUGAAGGAGAGGUGGAAGAAAACACAUAUUGAACAAUUGCAAGAAAUAGAUAUACGUAUUUUAUUUAUGUAUAGAAGAUAUUGAAAUAACUCACUAACACACAUAACACGCACACAAGUCUGUCAUUUUCUUUUUUUUCAACAAGUAUAAUGUUAGUACUUAAAUUGAACGACCUUCGAAAAAUUUUUAAAUUUUAAUUUGAAUUUCUACCAACCAAAUUCCAGUAGUAAAUUGGGAACUUCAAAACCUUCUUAUGUUGUGUCGUACAUUCCAAGUGUAUUAUUAGACUUAUUUGAAAUUUCCCCAGAGCUAAUCAUUUUCUGCAACCUUUAAAGCAGUUAAAGUAGAGUAGAAAGACCUUAUGACGCUUCCUACAAAAGAUAUGUUAUCUACACAAUAUCUCCAUAGAAACCUUUUCCCAUGGAAAUCUGUUAAACUCCCUAUAACACCUCAAGAAAUCCAAUGAAAAAAUACCCCUGGAGUGUUUUAUGUCCAGGGAAUCUUCUUCUUUCCAAAAAAAAAAAAAAACAUCAUCUCAUGAGGCUUUCUUUCCAUAUGGGUUCUCCAUAGAAUACCUUUUUGAUGGAUUUUUUGUUCAAAAAAUGACCUCUCAAAGGGGCAAUGUUUACAAAGAAAACGAAGGUAGCUUCAGUUUAGAAGAAUUCUCUUCAAACAUUUUAUUCCCAAAGUAGGGGUCGCGGAGGUGUCUACUUUCAUAGAAGAACUCUCUUUUCCCUGCUUGAAGGGUGAUAUUUUUAAGGGGAUUUUUCAUCAAUAGGGGGUAGUUUUUAGACCCAACAAAUAUUUUUGAUCGGCAUAAAAUUCUAAGUCGAUUUAGACCUGUCUGUCCGUCUGUUGUAAUCACGCUACAGUCAAAACGAAUUAAGAUAGGAAGCUAAAAUCUUACACAAAUCUGUUUUUUGUCUGCAAGCAGGUCAAGUUCGAAGAUGGGCUAUUUCGGUGUACGAUAUCGUAUAGCCCCCAUACAACGGUACCCCCGAUAUUCGGUAUUUUGAUGAUUUUAGCCCCAUUCUUUUAAUGAAAUUAUCUGAAAUUCUACACAAGAAGUUAUUUGUGAGUACUUUACCUCAUGCAAGAGAAUUGGGCAUAUAGGUCCACUAUAUCGUAUAUCACCCAUAUAACGGUAGCCCCCAUAUUCGGUAUUUUGAUGAUUUUAGCCACAUUUUUCAAUGGAAUUGUUUAAAAUUGUACACAAGAAUUCUACGUGACUUCCUUACCCCCUGGAAGAGAAUAGUUUAUUUAGGUUCACGAUAUCGUAUAUCCCCUAUAUAACGACACUUUCAGAUAUUCGGUAUUUUUAUGAUUUUAGCCCUAUUUUUCAGUGGAAUUGUCUCAAAAUCCACACAUGGAGUUCCCCUGGAAGAGGUCUAUAUAGGUCCACGAUAUCGUAUGACCCCCAUAUAACGGUAACCCCAAUAUUCGGUAUUUUUCCCCCACACAAGGGUUCGGCCCGGCCGAACUUAUCUUCUUUAUUACUUGUUUCCCAUAAAAUAUCUCUCAAGUGAUAGACAGAAUGUUUCUUAAGGGACAUUUUUUUCCAUGAGAGACCUCUUAAGGGAACUUUAGUUUUUUUCUCUAAAGGUCUGCUUUAGGGAAUCUUUUAUCCUUUAAAUGUACUUAAAAUAUCCUUAAGCGAUAUUUGUAUCAUAAGUGGUCAUCUUUACGUAAAGGACCUCUAUAGGGGUCUUGUUUAACAUGAAUAUCUUUAAGAUAGGCCUUUUACAAAAAAGGCCGCUUUAGCGACCCUCAUUUUAAGGAAAAACUAUUAAAAUAGGUCAAAUUUCCAUAGAAUAAUUUUUUAUUAAAAAAACACUUAAGGGGGUUUUCAUGACGUAAGAUGACAUCUUUUCAUAGAAGGCAUGCCUUCAUAGGAGCCUUCAUGAAGAGUGAUCCCUUCAUUUCCCAAGGGGUCUUUGUUUUAUAAAUAUUGGACAGUUUUUUCUAUAAAACAUCUCUCAAGAGGCUUUCAAUCUGCUUUUUAUGAGCCUUUUUCCCAUGAAAUGUCCUUAAGAUAUCCUUAAACAAUCUUUCCACAAAAAUACCGCCAUUACAUUGAAGACUCUUUAGGUGUCUUCUUUCCAUAGAAGACUUCUUAAGAAGGGGAAUUUUUAAAAAGGGUAUUUUCCGUAGAAGACUACCAAAGAUAGCCGUCAUUAGAUAGAAGGUGGCUUCUUUUCACUUUUUAAGGCGAUUUUUCAUGGGAGACUGCUUAAGGCGAGCUGUAAAAGCGCAAUUUUUCCGAAGGGAAUAUUCUUUCAUUGAAAGACCACAUUGCAAAUUUUCUUUGGACACACGAAAUAUGUGUGACUUCUUAAGGAGUCUUUCUCUCAUUAAAGGCAACUUUGAUAAGUUUCUUUCCACAAAAUACCUCUUCCUUCAAAAUGACCCGCCUAUAGGGGAUAUUCUUUAUAUAAAAUUCUUUGAGAAUCCUUCUUUCCACAAGUGGAAAGAGGAAUCCCUCCAAAAAUCUCCUCUUCCCAUAUCAGUGGGACCCUUUUGUUCAAAGUAGACUUCUUAAAACUUCUACUAACAGAAAACUAUAUCAUUGAAAUAAGAUUUUCUACGAUUGAAAAUCAACAGGUAGAGGACUACUUUACAUUUAAUCAAUGGAUAAUGUAUGUAGAGGGAAAAUUUUGUAGGAGGUCUUCCAAAGAUCGAAGAUCAGUAAGGUUGAAAUCUACAUCUAUUGGACUUAUGACAAGGUGUACUGCAGAUAAAAAACUUAUUUGUGCCUCUUUAAAACUGUUUCUUAAAAGUUACUUUCUAUCGGAACGUUCUCCAAAUUAGAAGUCAUCUUAACGUGACUUUUUAUUGAGGCCUUAACAGGACCAUUUCUAUAUAUGCUUUGGACCUCUCAGGUAAAUUUUAUCUCUAUCUGAGUUGUGGACUUGUACGCCAAGAAAAAUUGAUCUUAUAACUAUGAAGGACAUAUUAAAAGACCAUUUCUUCUUUAAAAGAUCCUGUAUUAUUAUUAUUGUUAUUAAAAAAAUUAUUAUUUAUUUAUUAAGAAAGACCUAUUGCCCAGUCUUGUGACUACCUAUUUCGAUUGUCCUUGCAUAGAAAGGAAAACUUUUAAAUAUAUAUGAUUGGAAUACCUUCGAAUUUCCUCGUGGACUCUAUGUCCCUUUGGGUCAAACGCUUUUGAGGAAAUUUGAAGUCGGUCUAAAGGUUUCCCUUCGUCCGUCUGUCUGUCUCUCUAUGUGGAAGGUGCGCACAAUAACUCUCGAAGUGAAUAUUCGACUUGAUCCAAACCUGGUACAUCGUAAUAUUUUUAUCAAUGGGUUAUGGGGAGAUGGGUUACAUCGGUACGUUAUACCUUCUGGUACCAACAUAAGUUCAAAUUUUCAAAGAAAUUAUUUUAUCUCUUCAAAAUUUACCUUUUCCAAUAUUUUAAUUAACGCAAAUUCUGAUGUGAGAAUGAUAGAUAUCGGCCUACUGAGUCUGAGGGUACUGAUACUUUUUAAGUUAUUUUUCAGUCAAAGUUGUUGCCAUCGCUUCCUAAACUAAUGGGAAAACCCAUUAAAUACAAUACCUGGAUUGUUCACAAGAAUAUUUACUAGUUAGUUUUGGCAGACAUUUGUACACAUACACCCACACACACAACAAACACAUGUAUAUCAGUAUUACAACAAAUGUUAACAUUUUAUAAAAGAAACAAUUUAGAAUUAAUUGAAAAUAAUAGCAAGUAAAUUUUUAGUUUU